AUGGUAACAAAUACGACAAUAUUAUAUAAGCAAUAUCAAAAUAAAGUUUUUUCACAAGCAAAAGAAACCCAUGAAGAAGUGGUGCUCGCUAUGAAAAACUUUAAUUAUGGAGAAGUCAUUGUUGAAAUGCAGGCAAUACAAUCAUCAGAUAUAGUAGGAGAAGUUCUUUUUCAACAAGCUAAACGAGCACUUAAUUUAAUAUUAAAUGAUUUAAUGGAAGCGACUAGACAUAAAGCAAUUACCAUUGGAAAUGAUAUACCACGAGAAAAGAAAUAA